CGAAGCCUCUCUCUCUCUCUCUCUCUCUCUCUCUCUCUCUCUCUCUCUCUCUCUCUCUCUCUGUGUGUGUGUGUGUGUGUGAAGCGGGCGCUAUUUAGGAGAGAAGAAUAGCAGCAGCAGCUGUGGGAGCAGGAGGAAGAAGAAGAAGAAGAGGAGGAAGAAGAGGAGGAGGAGGACGAGGAGGAAGAGGGGGUGGAAGGCAAGGAGGAAGAGGAGGAGGGGUAAGAGGAGAAAGAGGAAGAAGACGGAGUGGAAGGCAAGGAGAAGGAAGAAGACGGGCGGAGGAUUAAAAUAGUCAACCGAGGAAGAGGAAGACGACGACGACGACGAAGGCGAAGAUGGAGGAAGAAAGAGCAGCAGAGAGAGAAGAAUCAACGGCCGUGACGAGAACGUUCCUCCGGAAGAAGAAUCCGACGAAGUUGAAGGUCGUGAUUCUCGCGACGAGUUACGGCAAAACAUUGGCCAAGGAUAUUGCCGACACCAGAGAGUAUGAAAAUCUGAUCAUCACUCCAUAUGGGAAGAAACGAUACUUGGCGAAAGCUCUUGUGCCGCUCAACGGUGUCCCUUUGCUGAGUCAUUGGAUGGAAAGUCUUCGCAGAGUCAAGCGAUUACAGCCGUUAGAAGAGAAUCUGUACAUCGUUUGUAAUGAUCUGACGAAGCCGGAGUUCGAUGCGUGGGCGACCGCAAAGAUGCAGCCUUCAGUACGGGGAUUGACGCGCGGGCGGCAGUUUCCCACCGAUCAUAUCGUCAGCACCGGGAGCAAGUAUGACAACAACGAGGCCAAGGAGGAGGAGGAGGAGGAGGAGGAGGAGGAGGAGGAAGAAAAGGAGGAGAAGAAGAGGGUGAACUGCAAGUUCGGGAACAAUUAUAACAAGAACAAGGCCGAGGAGGAGGAGGAGAAGAAGGAGGAGGAGAAAAAGAAGGAGAAGAAGAAGGAGGAGGAGAAAAAGAAGGAGAAGAAGAAGGUCAGAUGCAAGUUUGACAACCACAAGGCCAAGGAGGAGGAGAAGAAGGAGGAGGAGGAGAAGAAGAAGGAGAGCUGCAAGUAUGACACAAAUAACGAGGCCAAGAAGGAGGAGGAGAAGAAGAAAGAGAGCAGCAGCUUAGCGGGUGAGGAACCCAAGAAAUCAGACGUGCAAUCCAUCGUCCAUUUGCUCGAACGGAAGUGCAUUGACGAGACAAGCAAAUCAUACCUUCUUGUCAUCAGAGCCGACAGCAUCUUCUGGCCAAAGUUCAAUCUUGAAAAAGUGCUCGAGAAUGCAAUUGCCAGAUCUCGGGACACUAUUACCUUCACAACCGAACCACACGACGACCUCCCUCUUUCCCAUUACACCCACGUGGAGUUUGACAGCAACAGCAACAGCAACAGCAAACCCGCCGCCAAGCCGGAGCCCACCACCUCUGGUUCCACACUUCCCCCGGCCCCUUGUGGGCAGUCAGGGUCUGUGCAAUCUCCUCCCGCCCAACCCCAAGCCAAUCAAUCUAAGCCAAUCAGUUUCCCAUGUCUCGAAUCGCAAUCCCGAGUGUCUGCGGUGUACAACAGCCCCCCGCUUCACUCGGCAGAGGCAGUCUUGACCCCUGUGUAUGUGCUCCGUCCUUCCAGCAUACCUUACCUGCGGGAAUUUCUGAAAGGUAACGCGAUCGAGCCCUGUCACGGCGGCGGCGGCGGAGGCGGCGGAGGCGGCGGGAAUCAGGCAAUGAUUCACAGCAGCAGAAGUGGGAGCAGCGACAUGGGGGAUUUCAUAGCCUUCUUGCACCAAAAGGUGGCCGUCUUUGGGGCCGAAGUCUACGGAGUUCUGAGCGUUCGAACACUGCCGCACCUUCGAUUCACUGAUAGGUUCUUCAAGUACUAUUACUACGAGCUGCUUCAACGAAAGUCGACACCCCGAUGGCGGCCUGACGCUGGUCGCAUCCUGGACUGGGAGGAGCUCCAGCCCCCGUCGAUGAUGACAACGGUUAAUAACCAGAACGCCAAGAGCAAUGCAAAUGACGGCGGCGCAGAUCGAAGAAGAUCAGGCAAAGAUGAGGAUGAAGAAAGGUGUAGAGAGCUGGAAGCACGCAUCCUGGAAGGCGCGAAGGGACAUGGGAACAAGAAAGGGGAGGAGGGGGAGGGGGAGGAGGAGGACGAGGAGAAAUUGAAGAAGCCCCUUUCCCCUGGCGCGGAUUGUGGAGAGACUCCUCCCCCCCGUCGUCAUUUUCCAUUGUGUGCGAGUUCUAUAGAUCAAGACAGACGGGAAUGGCAAUGUAUCGUCCAUGAAUUCCGUCAGCUUUAUGCUCGCAUGCCUCCUGAAAAACCGCUUCCUGAACGAUUUGCUGAUCCCUACUCGUUCAGGAUUAGACCAAGACAGCAGCAUAUACUCUACAGGACUACUAAUAACAUGUAUGGUGCAACCGUGCCGAGUCCACUUGACAUGCCCAUGCGAUGGGCCGGGUCGUCCGCGGAGUUCACCAGCAGUUUCAUUACCGGCAGCUAUACCUUCAGCGGUCUAGAAACGUCUAUCCGGAAAUCCCAGAUUCACGAUUCCUCCCAGGACUUUUAACAAAGAGCGACGAAAAUUAGUUGAAUCUCUCUCUCUCUCUCUCUCUCUCUCGCUCGCUCGCUCGCUCGC